AUGUCUGUACAAACCUCUGACGAAGUAUGUCACGCCCUCGCACACAAUAACCUCCUCCGCGUCUUCUCCAAUCGAGACGCCGUGUCUCGCUGGGCGGCGAUCCAGGAAACGUACCAUCCCAAUGUCGUCUUCUACGAGCCCGACGAUAUGGUCACGGGCCAUAAGGCUGUCGACGCCAAAGCUGCGGCAUUGCCAGACCAAAGGGAGGGCUGGGAGUUUGUGCCCGUGGGGAACGUGAAGAGGAAUCAUGAUAUGGUUUACCUGGCUUGGGGGUUCGGCCCGCCGAAAAUUUCCGGACAAGGACAAAAACAUGGUGGAAGGAGUGGUGGAAGCAGCGUCGAUGUCGAUGUCAAGGCCACGGGGGCAGACGUGUUGAUGGUCAGGGAGGGGAAGGUUGAGAAGUUCUGGGUCGUGUUGGACGGAGUGAGUGAUGUGAAAGUGUAG